CCUUCUCCCUCUUUCAUUCCAUCCUUUCAGAAGAGGAGGAAAUGGUAGGCUCCCAAAACUAACUUGCAACUGGCCUAUGAGCAUGUAAAGGAGGUGGGAGAGAGCCAGGAGAAGAGACAGAGAGAGAGAGAGGGGGGAGAGAGAGACAUUGGAGCGUCAGAUCACCGGCCUUUGCUUGUCAACAGGUGGCAGCGGCAGUGUGUGAGUCUCUUAGGAGAAAGCAGGAGACCGAGAAGAGAGAGAGAAAGUCACAGCAAAACUACAGCAACGCCAUGAUAACCAGACUCCUGUGGAAGGCUAUGUGCUUACUGGUCGUUCUCCUCACCGCCACCUCACGGCUCUGCUGGGCGGACGGUGAGGCUGGGACACUGGCGACAGAGAAGGGGGUGACCUUCAGCCACGUGUACAAGAUCGACAUGCAGCCGGGCAGCUGUGAACAGAGCCAGCCCCAGGACGCAGCUGUGCAGACUGGUUCGGAGAGCAGCCCCACAACCGCCGGCGGGACGGGGGAGAACGAGGUGGUUUUCAGACACAACAUCCGCCUGCGGACGCCGGCCUGCGACUGCGGCGAGUCGGAGACCUUCAAGGCCCUGAUGUACCGGGUCAACGGGCUGGAGGAAGAGGUCAACUAUCUGAAGACCCAGUGUGCCGACGGGUGCUGCAAUAGCAAGGGUGCAGGCGUGGACACCAGCUGCGGCGGCCACGGCACCUACCAGCCCGACGCCUGCACCUGCGUGUGCGACCCGGGCUGGCAGGGCCCCGACUGCUCCGCCUCCGCCUGCGACCCCGACGACUGCAACGACAACGGGCGGUGCGUGGACGGCCGGUGCGUCUGCCACCAGGGCUACGCGGGCCCCGGCUGCGGUCAGCUGGCCUGCCCCGACAACUGCAACGACAAGGGCCGCUGCGUGGACGGGAAGUGUGUGUGCUUCCCGCACUACGGCGGCGAGCACUGCGGCGUGCAGCGGUGCCCCAACGACUGCGUGGGGAACGGGCGCUGUGAGGACGGGCGCUGUGUCUGCAGCCCGGGCUUCCACGGGGACGACUGUUCGCUGGUGAUGGGUCCUAAGGGUCUUCAGUUGGUUAAGGCCACAGACGUGUCUCUGCUGGUCCAGUGGCAGCCCGUUCAGGGUGCAGAGUAUUACAUGCUGACCCACCACCCCAAGAACCAGGAGAAGGCACUGCAGGAGGUGAGGGUGGCCAACACAGAAAGCUCCUACCUGAUCUCAGGACUGGUUCCUGGGGUCACCUACACUGUGGAGGUGUAUGCCGCCAUCAACCGCCUCCAGAGUGAAGCUGACAGCAUCGAGGCGACCACAGACGUGUCUGGGAUCGAUGACAUCCGGGUGACCGGCCAAUCAGAGGACUCCAUCUCGGUGGAGUGGCAGAACCCCGCAGCGGUGGUGGUGGACCACUUCAGGCUGACCACCACCGACCCCCGCGGGGUCCAGGGCCAGCACAGCGUGCAGCAGAGCCAGGAGGCCCGCACCAAGCACACCCUCAAUGGUCUGCAGCCGGGGACACAGUACCGGAUCUCAGUGCAGGCCAUCGUUGGAGCCACUGAGGGGAAGGCCUCCUCAACCACCGGGGUCACAGACCUCGACGCUCCGGCCAACCUCGUCACCACGGAGGUCACGGAGGACACCGCGCUGGUGACCUGGGACCGCGUCCAAUCAGAGGUCAGCGGCUACGUGCUGACCCACACGUCCUCCGAGGGCCCCGGCCGGGAGGUCCCCCUGGGGCCCGAGAGCGACACCCACAGGCUGAGGGGGCUGCGGCCGGGGGUCCGCUACACGGUCUACGUCUGGGCGGUGAACGGGGACCGGGUCAGUGGGAGGAGCUCCACCGACGCUGAGACAGACCCGGACGCUCCCACGAACCUCCUGGCCCGAGAUGAAUCAGAGUCCGCCUUCAGCGUGGUCUGGGACCGUGCCCAGGCCCCGGUCGACGGCUACGUGUUGACCUACUCCUCCUCCUCCUCCUCCGAGGCCCCUGGAGGGGAGAUCCCAGUGGGGCCCGACACCACCACCUACAGGCUGACGGGACUGGGCCCCGGGGCCGGCUACACUGUCUCGGUCUGGGCCGUCAAGGGGGACAGAGUCAGCAGGAAGAUCUCAACACAAGCUGAAACAGGUUUCUUCCCCCUCGAUGUUGAUGGUAGACGUGUGGAAUGCAAAAAGGAAGAAUGCGUGAUUCAAAGGUUGCCCUGCGGUUGAUUUAUCACAUUUGGGCUGACGUCCUCAAAAGUUUGUGGCGAUUCAAGGGACGAUUAUCCCAGCAGUGCGUUCUGUGGGGCUUGUUGAACAAUAAGCAGUGUUUUGUCACAGAUCUGUGUCAUCAGUUAAAGGGUGAAGCACAACGGUGUGUUGACUGUAAGAAGAAUAAACAUAAUUCUCUAUUUUUUUUUAAUUUUUAGCCAUAAAUAAGUAAUGUUUUAAAAAAAGAAACACAAUUAUUGAAAAUACUGGCCUUCUCCGUUGACUACCAUAAACGCACCCAUGUUUUCUAGCGCUUGAAUGCAUCAAGGUUUUUUCAUGCACUCUGUGGAAUAGUUAAUGGGUUCUCUGAAUGAUAAGCCUAACUGUCAUUGAGAACAUUUUAUUUGAGGUAUGCAAUAAUUCAUAAUGUAACAGCUGAGUCUGUGACAUCCACUUGAAUAAUGAAAGGUUUAGGCAUUGCAAACAUGAGAGGGUUGAGCAUGAAUGUGAACUACUAAGAGAUAUUUGGAAAAUGAAUACCAGCUAUGUGUCCAACUAAUUUAAUUCAAGGCAAAAUACUUGUAGGAAAAAUUGCAUUUGAAACAUUGUGUUUGGCAAAAACAUCAAACCUUUCAUUGUUUCCUAUUAAGAACACAAUUAAUAAAGGAUCAAAAUAGAGUUGGCAGCACCCAAAAAUGUAUCAUCCCUUAGAAUAUAUGGGUUUCUUUCGCCAAGCCAAAAAACACGAAUACUCGAAAACAAGUGAACAGUUCCACAACGUUGAGCUCUUGGCCUAAACAGGGCUGCUGUUGUCGACAUGUGGAGCUGAUUCCACUGUGACUUGGGUAACACUGAGUAAAACUGCAUGCAACCAUCACAUGCUGGGUUGGCAGGAGCCUUAAAAGUGGCACAGCAACCCUCAAGAUAAACCAAUUAUCCUUGCACGUAGAGAUAAGUAGCACUUGAUCUAAAAUGUGUACCGCGGUUGUGUUCCUUUCACAAGAGGGGAAGGGCUUGACAUCGCUUAAAGGGUCACCAAGACCGCUAACGAGGUCAAAGUAAGGGGGGGUUUGGGGUCUUUGCGGCAGCAGAUAGUGACAUGUGGUUAACGGGGUUCAGGCGGGGAGAUCUGUUAAGGUUCGGAUUGAUCCAGAAUAUAAUCGGUUUGAAAGAAAUGCUGCUGUAGAUUGGGUCAGCAAUCUAUCAACCGUUUUUCAAUUCUAACAAGCUCAGUAAACUGUACAUGUAAUUACAUCUGAAUAUAUUAAGUCAAUUUAAUUAUUCUGCGCUAAAAUGGCAACAUUCUGCCCUCCAUUUAAUAUUUUG